AAACUGUUAUCAGAACUGAUUCUGUUAGCAACGAACCCACAAGGUUAUCAUGUUGAUAUAAUGUGAAUUGUAACAACUUUUUUGUAUCAUUUUCCAAUUCCAUCUUUAUUCAUCCUCUUUUUUCUUAUAAUUUCUCCUUCCUCUUAAUAUGAUUAUCAUUAUUAUCAUUUAAUCAGUAGAAGCAAUUAUAAGAUUAUAAGAUAAUUAAGACAAUAGACAACCAAUGAAUUCUAAUUGUAAAGCCAACAAUCAAUUACAAGUAAUCAGUCAACAGUUAGAAUAUGUUAUCAAAAAAUUAGAUUAAUCAAAAAGUUACACCAAAGAUAUGAUGAGACUUGUUUUUUUUUUUAAAUGAUCAACAACAAUUAACUGUUAAACCAAUAAGGUUGAUGAUUUGAUAAAAAUUAUCAAUCAAUUGAACGUAAACUGUUGUUUUAAUCAGUGUUAACUGUGCUUUUGCCGUGUGAGUGUCUCCUUGUGAUUAAAAAUGUUCAACACAAUUAACAACUCGGAUAACCAUUUACCAACAAGACCGAAUCUUUUUUAAUUAAAGUUAAUCAAACAAUUAAUUGUAAUGAUCAAAUCAAAGGAUAAAGUGAUGUUUCCAUCAAUAGUUAAAGUGCUUUCUUUUCAUAACAUUUGUAUCACAAUAGCAACAAUUUACAUUGUAUCGCUUUUACCUCAAGCUUAUGGUCAAGCACCAUUGUUAUUGAAGCGACCGUCCAAUGUAACUGUUUCACCCGAUUCAAUGGUUUCGUUGCGUUGCUCUGCCAAGGGCAACCCUUUACCUCAGAUCAUGUGGACGACUCAUGGUUACUCAGUUACAGACUCAUCGAGACUCAGAAUUGGUGAUUAUGUUUCAUCUGAUGGUUCAGUGAUAUCAUUUAUCAAUAUAUCUCGUGUUAGUGUUGAAGAGGGAGGACGGUACGAGUGCACAGCGAUUAAUGACCUUGGGUCUGAAACAGCUCAGUCUUGGAUCCAUGUUAUUGGUCCACCUUUUAUAAAACUAAUGAGAAACUUGACCGUAGUCGCAGGUCGGCCCAUGUACAUAAAUUGUCCGUAUUCAAUUUAUCGUCUAUCAUCAUUGUCCUGGUUCAAAGGUGAUCGACAACUUCCUAUUAAUCGACGACAAACAGUUUAUCCUAACGGUACUUUGGUUGUUCAUAAUGUAUUUAGACAAGAAGAUGAAGGUGAAUAUAAGUGCCUGGUUGAAGACAAAGAUGGACGAUCAGCUGAAAGACGAAUUGGUGUUCGUGUUCUUGUUGCCCCAACAAUUAUGCCAUUCAGUUUUGGAAGCAAUUUACAGGAAGGUAUGAGAGCCUCGGUAACGUGUACGAUCACAACGGGCGAUGUACCGAUUGACAUUCAAUGGUUGAAAAAUGGUCAACCCUUAAUACUGACCAGUGACAUUCACCUCGAAAAAGUGGACGAUUUCAUAUCGACGUUGAUUUUCAAGCCAUUGCGACAAGAUCAUUCUGGGAUAUAUUCUUGUGUAGCAUCAAAUGAAGCAUCAACAAACAACCACACAAUUCAUCUUUCAGUUGACUCUCCACCCCAAUGGAAGAUUGAACCUGAAGAUAAAUCGGUUAUCGAAGGUCAGAGUUUGACAAUAGACUGUCAAGCCUUUGGUAAACCAGAACCCAGAGUAUUGUGGAAAAAAUCAUCUGACCAGUGGUCAGUUAACAAUUAUAAGACAAUUAUCAGCGGCUCUCAAGUUCAAACUCUGGUCAAUGGGUCACUUUAUUUUAUUGAAAUUUCUUCACAUGAUUCUGGUAGUUACAUGUGCGAAGCCAGUAAUGGGAUCGGGACACCAUUAAGUGCUGUGGUCAAAGUAAAUGUCCACAUUCCUGCUCGAUUUACUGAGAGAUUUCAAUCAAUCAAAGCUCAAAAAGGAGAUUCAAUUGAAAUAAGUUGUGUCUCUCAUGGUGAGAUGCCCAUUAAAAUUACCUGGACAAAAGAUUCUAAGAGUUUAACUAACCUCGCGAUGCAGCAAAUUUUUGAGGAAAAUCAAGCCUUGACUUCUGAAUAUAUUUCCAAAUUCUUAAUUCGCUCAAGUUCAAGAUCAGAUUCUGGUCUCUAUUCAUGUACAGGAUCAAAUUUAUACGGAACAGAUGAACGUAGGAUCGAGCUUAUUAUUCAAGAUGAACCCGAUGCUCCAAAUGGCCUGAAGAUCAGCAAGGUUGGAAGUCGAAGCUUCCAAAUCCAAUGGAAUGAGCCUUUUAAUGGGAACAAUUUGAUUAAAAAAUAUAUCAUCAAUUAUAAACCUGAGAACGGAAUAUGGGAAACUAAUGGGAAGGAAAUUAUCAUGGAACCCACUCGAAGUGAGGCAAUGAUUCGAGGUCUGUCACCGAAGACAAGUUAUCAUGUUAGAGUUCGAGCAGAAAAUGAUUAUGGUAAAAGUGGUUGGAGUGAAAUUGUUCCUGUUACAACUGAUGAAGAAGUUCCAGAUAACCCACCGAGUCACCUUCAGGUUUCCGCCACUGGAUCAACAAGCAUCAGAGUUUCAUGGCAGGCACCUUUGUCCAAACAUCGCACCAACACCGUAACUGGCUAUUAUAUUGGCUACAAGAAAAUGGAGGACAAAAGAAGUGGCUCAUUUAUAUUCAAAACAGUGAAAUCGGAGCCAAAUAAGCAGCACUUCAGUGAGGAGAUCACGGGUCUUGAUAAACUAACCAAAUACACGGUUGUGGUUCAAGCUUAUAACAACAAAGGUGCUGGUCCAUUAUCUGAGGAACUUUAUAUUGGAACCACUGAGUAUGAUAAACCAGGAGCACCUAAUCUCAAGAUAAUCUCAAUCACUUCUCACACAAUUGAAAUUGCUUGGGAUCCACCCACUGAUGAUAAUCCAGUGUUUGGUUAUUUUGUGAGAUACAAGAAACAGGAUGAACAUACUUGGCUUGAGAAUCAGGUUGCUGGUGAUGUAAACAGUAAUACCAUCAUUGGACUUGAUUGCGGGACACCCUAUCAUGUAUCACUUCUUGCCUACAACUCAAUGGGACGAGGUAAAAUGUCUGACAUUGUCUCUGUCAAAACUCAAGGCUCAACUCCUAGACCACCGGAAAAGGAAACACUUAUAACAUCCAAUUCAACCUUUCUCGCUAUUCAUCUUUCAUCUUGGAUUGACAGUGAUUGUUUGAUUGAUUAUUUUUCGUUACAAUAUAAGAAGGAUAAAAGUGAAUUAUGGACUAAAUUAGAAGAAGGGUCAUUCAUUACGGAUAAAAUUCUCUACAUAAAAGGCUUAGAACCUGCAUGUUGGUAUAAUAUUUGGAUAUCAGCACGUAAUGGAGCCGGAACCACGGAAGCUGAAUAUAAGAUUGCCACUUUGACUGAAAAUGGAGAGUACCUUCAUCAACAGGGUGAUUCUUCAAAUGCUCAAAUCAUUUCGUUAAUAGUGCCUGUUAUAUCUUCCUUUGCCAUUUUAUUCGCUCUCAUAAUUACAACUUUCGCACUUGUUUAUUGUCAUAACAAAUCGAGAUCACCGUCAAUCCAAUAUGGAGCUUCGUCUUGUGGUGAAAGUCAACCUAAAUCUGAAUGUCUUGCCUUGGAUGAUAUUUCAUUGGGUAAACCUAAUUUCAUGGAUGGUUAUUCAAGAUCAGAUGGACUCUCCGAUCCAGAGGCUAUUUACUUAGCUUCACCUUAUGCAUCUUCACGCCUUGGGACAUCAGUGAUGACAGAGUCAACAGAUCAACUAAGAGAGGCGCAUCUUCAGCAUCAUCAACAAUCACAACAACAACAACGUCAAAGUCUCAGUAAACAUUUGCUUCCACGUAACUCGUUGCAAUCAAGUAACACUUAUGAUGUUCCCCAGCAACGGAAUCUGCCAGCGAAAAGCACAGACGAACUCAGAGUUUCUUUCCUUGAAUGUAUGAAACAAGAUGAAGAGUCACUGAAUAAGAGACGAGCUCAAAGUCAAGCAAACUUGCUAUGGAGCUCCCAAGGAUCUUCCUAUGGUCAUAUAUUAUAUCCAACAAAUUCAGGUCCUCUCAAUCAAACCUAUGGUUUCCGGGCUAAAUGUGAACUCCUUCAAGCAUCACUAUUAAAAUGAAUCAUAAAUAAUAACUGGAUAUCCUGAUGAGAAAUCAUGAUGAAUAUUAUUCUGGACAAGAUGAGGAUGACAAAGUUACUUUGAAUCUGAAAGAGAAAAGGAAAAACAGUGACAAUAGAAAAUGCGUUUACCACAAAGAGAGAAGAAAGAAAAAGACAGAACUGAACAUUCUUAUCAUGAUAAUAGUUACAAUGAACAAAAAAACAUGAUAACAUAGAAUCAAGAGAAAAGAGGAUAAGGACGAAGAUGCUGGAUGAUGAUGAUGAUGAUGAUGAAAGUAAAGAAAACCUCGAAAAAACAACAAGAUGAAAGAUGAAAGAAAAGACGGAUAAACUAACAUAAGAAGUUGGAAGUAAAUAGAUGAUAUAACAUUAGUUUUCUCAUGAUAUCUACUUUUUUCUGGGUUUUAUUGUGAGAGGAAAUUUUUCACCGUAAACAUGAGUGUGUGCACCAUGAAUGUUCAUGAUUGAGUUGAUAUUAUGAAUUAGCUGAACAAGUAAACAGACAAAUCAUGAAACGAGAUGAUAACCAACUAUAAACGAUAACCAAGAUUAUUAACAGUCAAGUUUGAUUUGGAAAUGGAAAAUCAUCUUGAUCAUCUUAUGCCUUUGAUAACAACAUGAAGAUGAUGAUUCUGAUCAUGAUGAUAAAAAACAAGCAUCUGUGAUAAAUAUACAAGAAAAUAAAAUAUAUAUAUCUGUAUAAAUAUUAUAUUGUGAUAACAUUUCAUUCACUGUUUCCUUUUUCCCUAUUUGCCUCUACCUUCAGAACUUUUUUUUCAAUUUCUUCAUUUUCCAUCUCUUAAAUUUAUCAUCGUUCAUAAUUUUUUCAUGAAAUUGGGGCAAAAUUCAACAUUUCUACUGGAUCAGAGUUCCAACUGUGUUCUCUAACUGAGCUAAGCAAAUGGGUCAGAACUUUCUACUGAAUCUCUUCCAAUGCGGGUAAUUAGGUGCUCAUUUUAAUCACAUGAACAUUUCAGUUCUGGAUGAACUUUUUGUUGUCUCAAUCUAUCAUUAAAUCUUAGAUUGAGAUUAAAUUUGUAUUUAUAUUAAUAAAAGAAAUACUGUAAAUUCUGUAGCUAUAAUUGUUGGCAAAAUUAACAAACAAUUUAUUUGCUAUUGAUAAUUAAACGAAUUAUGUUUUGCUCUUUAACUGAACAAUUAAUCAAAUUAAAUUCAUUCUAAAUAUUUCUGAUUAAA